CUAAAACCAAAAUGGCGGACUCAGCUAGUUUAUCUGCGCUACAAUUUAGUGGUGGUGAAAAAGAAGUCAUAGAAAGGACAGUAAAUGUUACUAAUGAUACUGUUUGUAGUAAAAAUAACAAAGAAGAAUUUUAUGAAAUUUCGAGGUGCACGGAUGUUAUAAAGAGUCUUGGCUUUCAAAAGGUAAGUCUCUUUCUCAGGUCUGAGGCCACUUGCGUGUUUGUGUCCCAAACAAAUUAAGUUAACACGCCCUUGCUCACUUCUUCAUUUAUUUUUUUUUUCCAUUUUUAUUUUUUUCGUUGACUCUUUUUAACGAACAUUCUCAGCUGAGUAAAUGAUGAUCUCUUGUUGAUCUUAGUACUUUCCAAGUCGUGUCUGAAAAUUACAUCAACAAGAAGUUAAAACAAUUUGAUCACAAUAAUGAUAUUCGCUGUCAGGAGUCAGUCUGAUUUAGUUCCUCCCCCUUUUGAUCCGUUGUUUUUUUUUUUGAGAGUUUGCUGCAAGAAACUGGCCAUGGACAUAUUUUUAUUUUAUUUCAUGUGUUUUCCUCAAUUUUCAUCAUCUGGUUCAAUUUACAAGUAAAUUUUUAACAUUGUCAUCAUCAUUAUCAUCAUCAUCAUCAUAAUUAUUGUUAUUAUUUUCAUUUUUAUUAUUAUUGCAAUUGUUGCACAUCAUAUUACAAGCUAAGAUGCACAUGCCAUAUUACAGAAAAAACUCAGUGUACAAUACACAGAAUUUCAUGUUUUCAGAUUGCACUCCAGUUUCCAGACUCACUGUUAACCGAUUCAGCUGCUGUUUCUUCAUUGAUUGAAAAGUUCACUGGAAAGAAAGUGUUUGUGUUAGCUGAUACCUCAUAUGGAAGGUAAAUUAGUUGCUUUGUAUACCUCAACUUUGUCCUCUUGUUGUAGUAACAAACUGGAGGAUAGACUGGAUGACAAACAGUGAUGUAUAAUCAUUAGUUUCCCACAGGUUUUUAAAGUAAUUUCAGAUAGAUUUGUCCCACAUGUUUGCAUCCUUGUUGCCAAUUACUUCACAUCACGAGAUGAUUACUUUGGGAUAUACCAACUGUGCAAUCUUCCACAGGAAGCUUAGUGUAAAAGAGUAUGGUGUGCAGACAACAGAAGAACUGUAAGCUUGUUAACAAGUGUAAGCCAGAUAGUGACAAUGAAUGAGACCUUAAGCUUCCCUUGCCUAAUUUAUAACAAAAUUUUUAACAUGUAGAAAAGAAACUAAAAAUUGGAUCUUGGGAAUUGAAUAGUUCAGCAAGAAAAACAGAAAAAAAGUCACUUAUUUUUUUCAUGCAUACUGUGCUAAGAAUAUUUUAUGCCUUUGCACAGUAAUUAUUUGAUUAUUUGUUUUUGGCUUUAGUUGCUGUGUUGAUGAAGUUGCUGCAGAACACAUUGAGGCAGAUCUUAUCAUUCAUUAUGGCAGAGCUUGUUUAAGCCAGUAAGUAAAUGAAAUAAAACUGCUAGGUGCAUAACCUGAAAUUAUCCUACUAUAGUGGCUGAAAUGUAUAGUAACUUGAUGGCUAGCACACUGACUUAAGUUGCCUUUUUUUUAAUUAAGUUGUUGUUUGUUUUCAGUGACAUGGGGCUUGUUGUUGUGACAAAUAUUCUAAAUAAAAUAUAGCAAGAUUUAAAUAAUUAUGUAUUUGAGGUGUUAAAAGAAUAUUAUGAAAAACUUUUGUUUGGCCUGAUUUAAAAGCUUAAGUAGCCCCCCUUGAAAGAAGCAUUCCAUCUCCAACAAAAAUUCUCAGAAGCGAAAGAAAUUAAUGGUUCAUUUUGUGUCUGUGAACAGGACUCGGCGACUUCCUGUGUUGCAUGUUUUUGGUAAAUGGCCAAUCAAUGGUCAGAGUUGCUUGGAACAAUUUGGACAAUUAUUUCCAGACACUGAAGUCAAAGUGAUUGUGUUUUGUGAUGUGGUGUACAGUCAUUGUAUGGGUAAGGAAAAUGUAUGAUCAUCACCUGAAAUAUUGUGUGGAAACAGCAUCACCAAAUGGAUGUAGUGUGGCCAAGUGAUCAGGGUGCUGGACUUGUAAUCUGGUGGUCCAGGACUUAAACCAUCCACCCUGCUACUCACUGGAUUUGUUCUUGAUUGCCCUGAGUUCAACUCUUCAGCCGCACUGUGUAAAUAGCUAACUGGUCUACCUCCUGCCAGUUUAGAUUUUCAAGCACUUUAUGUUUGUAAUGUAACAUUGACUCUGAAAAGCCCCAUAGGGAUGAGCCAAUAAAGUAUGUUUGUAAAUAUGUGGUAAAUUUAGAGUCUAGUUUAUAAGUCUACACACCAUGUCAUGUUGUCAUCUUUUGGAAGAAUUUGCUCUCAGGUUCUGGGAGUUAAGGGAUUUAGGUGAUACUAUAGGCUUAUGGCUGGGGUUUUUUCCUGUUUAAUUUAUUAGAAGAAUUGCAGAAUUCUAUCAAAAGGAAUUACCCUAAUGUGGUAUUCACAAAGCUCAUCUGCUCCACAUUUGAUCAAGAAGGGGGAACUAUCUCAAGGUAAUAAGCAAACUGCUGAUGAGUUCAAUUCCCAAGGCAAAACAAUGGAAGAAACACCAUUAUCAGCUGAACCUUUGCAAACAGAUGUUGAAAUGACUUCACUUGAAGAACAUGGGAAUGUCCAGCAUGAUAAAAAUGGUUAUUUUUGUAGGUGAGUUAAAAGGGAUGACUCGCCAGAAGGAAAACUUUCCCAGAAGGACUUUGACACAGAAAGAUAAACUUCCACUGCGAAAUUCAAGAAUAUAUGAGAAUUCUUUCUGUAUUUGCCCCAGGACAUGCUUCUGGUUUCAACUUUUCUUUAAGAUAAAGCUUUCAGUCCACAGUCAUGAAAAACAUAUCUGGUUGAAAGACCUCUAUUGUAGAAAUAAAGAGUCCUCUACUGUAGUUGUUACAAAGAAUUGUCUAAGUUAAGUCCUAGAACAUUCUAUAGAACAGUCUAGAACCAGAAGUCAUCCAGAUGUGACCUUCUGGUAUGAGAACAUUCUCGAACAUUCUAUUUCUUAUGUAAUUAUUCAAGUUUAGAAACCAUGUUAACCUACUAAAUUUAUGUAAUAGUGUAGUUUGAUCGUUCGGGUGAGUGUAGUCCUGAGAAGGACUGUUGUCAGUAGUGGUGACUGACGUUUCGACAACCUGAGCGAAAGUCAUCAUCAGAGUCCAUUGAAAGGUUGUUGUCAGUUGAAUGUACUUAGUCCAGUUUGUGUACACUGAUUGGUCAGUUUUGCUGUGAUGUUAUUGGCUGUAAAAUUCAAGUGGCGUAGGUCAGUUGUGAUUGGUCGGUCUGGAUCCAUUAGUGAAGUCAGGUUGUUCUGUUCGGUUCGUUUGUAAUGUUAAUGUUGUGGAUGAGUCGUUUGUAUGGUGCUGGUAGUGGUUGACACCUGUUUAGGGGAGUCUGUUCCAAGUUAGUAAACCAGCUUUCCAGGGUCAGUCAUUGAAAGUAGUUAGUGCUGUAGGUUAGGCAUUGCACAGAGUCCCAGUCAAUAGUGCGGUUCGUAAGUUGGUGAUGUCCAGCAAUGUGAUUGUUGACAUUGGCAGCCUUUCCUCAGCGCUCAUUUGUGUUCAGUCAGUCUAGUUGCGACUGAACACAAAGGAGCUGUACUACUAAAUUUAGUUCUUUAGAGAAGUUUCUAGAUCCUUGGACUUUAUGUAUAUAAGAGCGAUAGUUUUGUUCAAAAGAGAGAAGUGUGAAGAAGCUUAGUGCUGUAAAGUCAAGAAGUCAACUACAUGGAAAUAAAUCAGUUUGUUGCUGUUACCGAUGACCCUGAAUUUUGUCUGGGAACAACCCUGCUCUACAUUGACAUUCGUAACUGUAGUAUUGUCAAGCAUGGUUGGGGCUAAUUUAAUUUUUUUCCAUUUUCAGGUUUGGACGUGAAUUUAGUCUUCCUGCUGAUACACAGUUGGGGGACUUUGCUGUAUUUUACAUUGGUGGUGAAAGUUUGUGUUUGCAGAAUUUGAUGAUGACUUACAACAAAUGUCAGGUAUCAUUUACAAUGAAUUUAUGGAAACAAAGGCUACAUAGGAGAAACUGUCUAUCACAGCCUUCCCUCCCAUCAGAAUUUGCUGGCUCAUUCUCUCAUUGGGGUAAACUGCCAACCACUGUUUGGGACAUGAGUCUACACUCCUACUUGAACUUCUCUAAUCCUUCUCAGAGGAUCAAGGAGAGGAGUAAACAGCUGAAAUGAGAGUCUAGCCUUACAUUUCUCUUUACACUCUGGCCAGCACUCCUGGGGAAAGAGACUCUAGAAAAGUCUCACUGAAUAUUCAGCUGAUAUACUCCCCUGUCUUAAAUGUAAAAGACUAUGGAUCCUGAAUCCCUAAAGGAUUUUAUUGAUCUUGUGACUUUCUUACUACAAUUACCAUUAUCAACUUUGACGAUCAAGUUAUCUUCCCCUCCCUUCCACCUCAGCCCCCAAAAUCAUCAAUUACUUGUGAUACAGUAAACUCUAUGCUGAGUCAAGUUCCUCUUCAGUAUUAAUAUAAGAACCACUCUUUCCUCUGAUAGUUCUAUUCAUAUGAUCCUUGCACCAAUAUUGGCCGAAAAGAGACUCUGAAUGUGAAUAAAGCACUAAUGAAAAGGUAAAUGAUAAAUUCUGGCUUUCAAAAGAUUCAUUGGGAUAGCAUUUGAGCUUAAAUGAAACUGUUCUUACAUAUGCUUUCACUGUCCAUCAAGAAAUCCUAUAUUUUAUUGUCUCGUGUCCACAGAUAUUACAUGAUACAAAGAGCCAAAGAUGCACAGGUAGUUGGAAUAGUGGUGGGAACAUUAGGAGUGGGUAGGUAACAGUGCGAUUGACUUAUGAUUACAGAGGACUUCAGGUUAUCAUCAUGAUGGUUAAAUAUUGAAGAUGGCAACUAAUAAUUAGCUAGCUUUAUUUGUGCAGCUAGGGUAGUCUUUGUUAUUAAAAUUAUGUUUUGAGUGACUCGGCUUGGAAACCAUGGUACAUAAUUAUUGAAAUUUUAAAUUCUUGUAGUUAAAAUGAAGACACAAUCACAGGGGAGACUUUGAUUUGGUAUCUUUUAAUUUAAACAUCUGCCUUUGCAAUAAAUAAUUAUUCAAGAAAGCAGCUAAGGGAUAUUUUAGUGUGUUAAAACAGCAUAUAGAAUAGUAUACAGUUAAUAUAUUAUGGGUUGGAACCUUUUGUGUACCUUCCAAGUUAGUUUAAGAUUUAAACAUUUUAAUUUGUUUUUUCAGCGGAUUACUUAAGAGUUAUUGAAAGACUGAAGCAAGUCAUAAAGCUUGCAGGAAAAAAGGUAAGUAAUUCUUGAGUGAAUAAACAAUUUAAGAAAAGUCCUCUGCCUGGGAUGUACAUUGAGCAAAGGAAAAACCAUAUGAUAUAUUAACAUUUAUUGGUCUGGAGUUGCAGAUAUAUAGGGAAUAUAGUUUGAAAAACUCAAUGACAAAUUCUCACAGCUGAAAUUAAAAGCAUUGUGUUGAAGAUGGUUACUAGAUAAUUGACAUUUAUAUAUUGGAAGAGAAAGGGUCCAUUUAUUUUUCUGAUAUUUUUUAACUUAUAGUGACCAGAGGGUCUUGUUAUUUAUUCUGGGUGGGAUGCCUGUUCAUCACAGGAUAUCCAGGUUUCCUUGACAGUUUACUGGUACAGUGGGACUGAUUUCAUUUUACCCAAGAACACAAUACAGCAAAAAUGAACCUAACACCCUGGCUUACAAGUUUCAACCUGUCAGUCUACAGCCCAGAGUCCUAUCAAUUCAGUCAUCACAUAGCCAUUCCUUUUUUUAGAAUCAUAACAUUGUUUACAAUUAUGAACAAGCAUAAUUAGAGUGGUGAUAAUGAUAAUGCUCUAUUUUAUUUCAGUCCUAUUUGUUUGUCAUGGGAAAGCUUAAUGUGGCAAAAAUGGCCAACUUUAUGGAGGUGGAUGUGUUUGUGUUGGUGGCAUGCCCUGAAAACACCCUGAUUGACUCCCAGGUACAGCAAAAAUUAUUGAUCCUCUUCUUUCAGUCCUCGAGUCUUUCAAAACUGCUAGUUAAGAGUAAUUAAAAUUUUCAGUAUUUCUUGUUAAAUUUGUAUUAUUAUGUCUUACAGGAGUUUUAUAAACCAAUAGUUACUCCUUUUGAAAUGGAAUUAGCCUGUUUGAGGUAUGACAAGAUUUAAGCCUUUACUUCAUUAUACAGAUGAUAGGCUCAGCCUUCAGGAAGUAAUGUGCAUAGGGUUUAAGGUCCUCUUUGAAAUGUUCAAAAGUGAUUGAUUUAUGACAUUUUGCAUUCAUGUUAUUCAAGAGACUUAUUUCCAAUUCCCUUUUUUCUUCUGGUUAUUCUUCAUUUUGGAGUAAAUCUCUAUAUUCCUGCAUAUGCUGUCAAGAAAAAUAAGAUACUUUUUUUCAUAAUAUAUUAAAAGAAAGUGGUGAAAAGAAAGCUGCUAGGAAACUCAAAGAUUCUUCUUAAUUUAUUUAUUUAGCUUUGCCUAAUUAUCUCAGGCAGAGAGACCACUACAGCUUUAGCCAAUUACAGUGGAUCCCGUCUUAACAAUGACAAGGCCAGACCCCCCCCCCCCCUUAAUUCCCAGUAAACAGGCCAAACCACUUCACAGUAAUCUUGUGAGUGGGUUCUUUAACAUCCCCUGCCUAACCAAAUUGAAUAGUUAAUAGAAGCAGGAGAUGGGGCCUACGGUUUAUUCGUCCUUUUCCGAGAAGACUAGAAUGUCUAUCCAUUUCUUGACAUUAUAGAAAGGUAGCACAUUCUCCUCAGUUAUUUUAAGACCUUGAGUGUUGGUCCAGUCGGGGCUCAAACCCUUGACCUCCCACACAACAGUCCAGCGCUCUAAUUGAGCUAACCAGGAGGUGGUUGUUCUUCAUACACUUUCUCUAAAAAUAAUCACAAACUGGUGAAAAGAAAACUUAUUUAGACCCAGAAGUCAUUUGCUAAAUGAAAGUUCUGGCAAUUUCAACACAUAUCAACUAAUAAGAAUAUCAUCAUACUGAAACCUCUGCUUUAUUAUGAAUUAAUUAACUCAAAACAAGGGUCUCUUUUAAUUCUUUGGUAUUUGUAAAAAUACAGAUGGUAUGACAUGUUUCUCAUCCACAGGACUCGGGAGUGGACUGGAGACUAUAUAACAGACUUUAGGGAACUGUUACCAGGUUUGUGUUUGAAACUUAGAAUCUGGUUUCAACUUAAACUUCAAGUGCUUCAAUUUCUAUAUUUAACACAAACAAUGAACUGAUCUUCGGUCUAAGAUUGUACCAACAACAUCUACAUAUCACUAAUGAAAGAUAGUACCUCUUUACUUUGCAAAGUGAUAUCUUGAAUUUAAAUUUGACUUGGACGUCAGUCAAGAUAGCUUGAGAUUUGUGGGAGUGAGAUUUUAUUUUUUUAUCUCAAGACACCACAAUUUUAUCAUAAUUAGGAAGGUUUUUGUGGUUGGCAAUCCUUAGUCAGGAGUAUUUGAUUUAUAGUCGCGCAAAAAUAGUGGGCAAUUUUCCUUCUAGCUUGCAAAAAUAUUCAUCGUUAGCACUGCAAGUUACUGAAAGAUAUUGCAUGGCAACAUCUGGUGCAUGUUUAAGAGAAGAGGGUUAUUCUUCUUUAAUUGUCAAGGAAAAAACCCUUCAUUGGGUAAAAUAGCACGUGGAGGUUUGCAAGUUGCAAGCAAAAUUAUUCCUUGCUACCGGAGAUGAUCGGAAAGUUUUUUUUAUUAUUUACAAAAACAGGGGCCAGUGCUUCAGUUGAACUAGAUGUAGAAGAGGUAAGCAAGACCCUCAAUUGUCUUAUAAAGUGGUAUCGCAUAAAUCGGCAACUGCUUCGGGUUUGCUUUACUUCACUCUGUGAUUGGUCGAGAAAAGAGAAUUCUAACCACACUCCCCUCAACUAGUGAAUAACAAGACUGAAACCAAUCGCGACUUAAUGACUCGCAUUUUCCUGGGUUUCAAACAGUUUUUCUUGGCUAAUUAUCAUGAUCAGUGCAGUUUGCGUUGGCUAAUGAUGAUGAUGACCUUUUUUCUAAAUGGCCGUAGUGAUUACUUUGGUUUUGGUGUUUCUACACCGAAUUGAAAAUUGUUCAAAGUGCAAACUGGGAAAUCAUAUACUGUCAGAAAUAAUCUCCUAACACUCGUUAUUUUGUUGUCUCUUUCUUUAUUCACUCUUACUACUCAAGUUAUUACAACGGGGACUAGCUCCGAUCUCUCUAGGAAAGUGAGGGUCACCGCUUAUAAAGGCGACACCUACGGAGCUGUCAAUCUCUAACCUUCGUCAUGCUUUCACACUUAACCAGCGAAUCGCGCUAAGCUACGCAGAGGGGAGUUCGCAUACUAAGUAGAUACCUUUGCGAUGUUUACGCUUUACGAAUUGUCCUUCUAACUUAAAUCUCUUGGUCUUACGGUCAAGUUCGGGUAAAACAAAAACAAGAUUGACAAUAUAAAAAUUAUAAUAAACUCACGAACAGAAUUGAAAUCAUACUUGAAAAGAUAUCUUAAGAGAAAAUAGUCCUUGAGGGCUGUUGCAUAACAGCAGAAUAAACACAAAGUUCGAAGGAGAAAGGUCGUACCCAAGGUACCGCCCCUAGAAGAGCUACGUGCUAGUCGUAUAAAUUAUCUGAUUGCAAAUUCAGUGCGGAAGAUGAAAAGUACGACAUGUUUACACCUAAAGUCACCUCUAAGUAAAAGAGAGGUGUCGAGCGCGCUAAAUUAUACCUGUAAGAUAAGACCGCUAAAAGGAAUAAGAAAUGUUUAUCUGGCUUAUUAUAAUUUUUACCGAGUGGUUUGUGCUAUUAUAUCAUUUUCAUUUAUUUUCACGUUCAAAUAAGUCAAAAAUCACUUAUAAUGAAAAUUCUUGCUAGAUGCCAAUUUUGUCUUUUAACAAUACUACGAAGAGUCUUUUUUUCUCAGUAUGUGCUGGUCAAUAGAAAUCGGCGAAAAAAUAUCAGGCUGUUUGACCCCGGCGCCGUGUGAAUUCUGGGAUGUAAGGUACCUUUCUUCCCAUGCUAGAAGACAGACUGGUUGUUGCGGACAAUCUUGAACAAUUACUCACGAGUUGGUUUACUCCACAGAAUAUGGAUGAAUCCAGUGAGAUCCCAGAUGUCUCCCUAGUGACUGGACAUCUGAGACCCACUUAUCGUUCAUCAGAAGUGGACAGAGGUGUGUUUGUUAGCUAUUAUCUAAAGACCCACCGAUAGAAAACUUUCAAGCAGAAGGGUCAAUAUGGGGACUUACAAUCUUCGACAUCUUUAGAACAUCUUACUCGUUAAUGUUUUUUUGAAUACAGCCAAGGUGCUGAUAUUAUUUAUGAUUCGGACUGUUCAGAGGAUGCAAAGUUAAGUUUUAUUUUAAAUGAUUAUUAUUAGGGAAUUCUUCAAGGUCACUGGUUGAGAGGAAUCAGGAAACAAGUUUGUCAACUCAACACCACAGUUCUGCAGGUUGGACUUGAUUCUCGUCGUUAAUGAGAUGUUAACAAUUUCUCCAGGAGCCUUCAAUUCUUUUCUUAUUUCCCUCCUAUUAUAAUAUUUUGUUGAUUGGUCUUAAGAGAGAAUUAGGGCAUCUUCUUUUCUAGCCCACAAAAUGGGUGUCUUUUGUGUUUUUUAGGCCAGUGGAGAUCAGGGCGCAAACGAGGAGAGUGGGAAUCGCGCGUGGGAGUAGCGACUUCCUCCACUCACUCGUAACUCGCGAUUCGUGCUCUCCUAGCUGAUGUGAUAUGGUGCUAAACCAGCUCCAGCUACACGUCUCCACAGCACCAAUGUUUUACAAAGAUUUGUAGCGAUUAAGAAUGGAAAUAAUUUUCAUUGAUUGGUAAAAAGAAUAUGGAAAACAAUUAUCCAUCAUGUAUUGUAAAGUAAUGUGUCAUUAAUCAGAAACUGAUCCUUGCUAAAAUCUCUGAUUUAGCGGAGUACCUUGCAUCAAGAUCGUGGAGGGGACUAGAACAGAGGCUUGGUGAAACUCCUGUUACACAAGCAGUGGAAGGAAGGACGGGCAUUGCAGCGGGGUACUUACAUGAGAAGGGCCAAGAUCAAGGCAGUCAGAAGGACCCCGUCCUGUGACUGACCAGUCCUUAAAGUACAAACCUAUUAAGACACUAUUCGCUUCUGUUCGUGACGAUUACCAGCUUCUUCAUCCGGAAUGUGGAGCAAAAAUCAUAUUAUAUUCUAAUCACCUUGAAAGGAUUAUAAAAUAUUUUGUAACUAAUCUUAAUAAACACAAACACAGCAUCAGG